UUGAAUCCAUAUCUACUAAAAUACCUAUUUCAUUUCUACCUCGGUUUGACAAUCAAAAUUCAGAAACCAAGAACAGAAAAAUCCAGCCGUUAACACCUGUAUCCAACCACACUUGUCACUUGUCAACAUGAAAACAAUAAUAAUCUAAGCGCGUAAGAAAACGUAUGUAUAUGUAUAAAUAAACACUGUGAAUGCCAGCAUAAAAACCACACUCAAAGCCACGAGCAACUCUCUUCCCUCCUUUUCCUUCCUCUAAAAUCAACUAUACAGAGAGAAUUUAUGGCAGGCAGGGUAGAUCUAGACGGCAAUCCGAUUAACCCGAUGACGAUAUGCAUGAUCGGUGCCGGUGGCUUUAUUGGGUCCCACUUAUGUGAGAAGCUCAUGUCGGAAACGCCGCACACGGUGCUCGCCGUCGAUGUUUACAGUGAUAAAAUCAAACACCUCCUUGAACCGGCUUCUCUACCUUGGAAUGGACGGAUACAGUUCCAUCGAAUCAAUAUUAAGAAUGAUUCUCGCCUUGAAGGACUCAUCAAAAUGGCAGAUCUGACGGUAAAUCUUGCUGCGAUCUGCACUCCAGCUGAUUAUAAUACGCGCCCACUUGACACUAUCUACAGCAACUUCAUUGAUGCUCUACCAGUGGUUAAGUACUGCUCAGAAAAUGGAAAGCGUCUCAUUCACUUUUCCACUUGUGAAGUUUAUGGGAAAACCAUAGGUGCCUUUUUACCCCAAGACAGCCCAUUGCGCCAGGAUCCUGCUUAUUUUGUUCUGUCGGAAGAUGCAUCUCCUUGCAUUUUUGGACCUAUUGAAAAGCAAAGGUGGUCCUAUGCCUGUGCAAAGCAAUUGAUUGAGAGAUUGAUCUAUGCUGAGGGUGCUGAGAAUGGCUUAGAAUUCACCAUUGUUAGGCCCUUCAAUUGGAUUGGUCCCAGGAUGGAUUUCAUUCCUGGGAUUGAUGGUCCUAGUGAAGGUGUUCCAAGAGUAUUGGCUUGCUUUAGUAAUAACCUGUUAAGACAUGAACCAUUAAAACUAGUGGAUGGUGGACAUUCACAGAGAACCUUCAUAUAUAUCAAGGAUGCUAUUGAAGCUGUUUUCUUGAUGAUUGAAAAUCCUGCACGGGCCAAUGGCCAUAUCUUUAACGUCGGCAAUCCUAACAAUGAAGUUACUGUUAGGCAGCUAGCUGAAAUGAUGAGUCAGGUAUACUCAAAGGUGAGUGGAGAAUCUCCUCUUGAAACUCCCACCGUCGAUGUAAGUUCUAAAGAAUUUUAUGGCGAGGGGUAUGAUGACAGUGACAAGCGUAUUCCAGACAUGACCAUAAUUAACAGACAACUUGGUUGGAACCCAAAGACAUCCCUAUGGGACUUGCUUGAAUCCACACUCACAUACCAACAUAGGACAUAUGCUGAGGCUGUCAAGCAGGCAAUGUCAAAGACAACUGCAAAUUGAAUGAAGUCAGGAACAGAGCUUUACUGUGUGCUUCAUGUUGGCAGGCUUUCAUAUUCUUUUGAAGAAUCUUCAUCUACUCGGUUCGACUUCAUCCACGUUAUUCUUUUUGUCAUCCACUUCAUGCAAAGGUCAUGGCCAUAAACAUCAUGUUUUCGUGUCAUAUGUAGUGUAAUGCCAUUAAAGCCUUAGCUACAACAGUUUUCGACACAUUAGUCAAAGGAAGCCUGCAAUCUGCUCAUAGAAGUUUUGUUGUCAUUAUAUUAUCAUUCUUCGGUAUGGAAGUAUGUUGUAUCAUUCCACUGAGAUUUUCCUAAUCUAUUACUUUAUUUGUUUGAUUAAACUGUCCUUUUACUUUAUUGUCUAUGUUAGAUAAUGUUAAUCUCCCAAGUACUUGUUUUUACAAUAUAUAUGACUUCUCCAAUUUUCUGUA